AUGUCGGCCACAGCAAAGCAGUUCAAGGCAGCGGGCGACGAUGUAUGGAAGAACAAGACGGACAAGAUCUCUUCCGAGCUCUUCACAAUGACCUACGGCUCCCUCGUCAUCCAGCUCAUCAAAGACUACCAAGACUACGCCGAGGUAAACAAGCAAUUAGACAAGAUGGGCUAUAACAUUGGCGUGCGCCUUAUCGAGGACUUCCUCGCCCGCUCCAAUAUCUCACGCUGCAGCGACUUCCGCGAGACUGGCGAGAUUGUAGCGAAAGUAGGCUUCAAGAUGUUUCUCAAUGUCACACCCGCCGUGGUGCAUCAUGAUGGAAGAAGUACGGCGUCUGGAACCGCAUCUUCAUCCUCAUCAGCAAACACAAAUGGAUCAGCAGCAACAGCAGCCCCCGCUCUCGGCGGGCAAGAGUUCUCCCUCAUCUUGGACGAGAACCCCCUCUCCGAAUUCGUCGAGCUACCCCCCGAUGCGCGGGAGGGAGGCCUCUGGUGGAGCAAUGUGCUGGUGGGCGUCCUGCGCGGGGCGUUAGAGAUGGUCCAGCUGCAGACUGCGCCUUACUUUGUGUCUGAUGUGCUUAGGGGCGAUGAGCAGACGGAGUUGCGAGUCAGGCUGGUCAAGUUCUUGGACGAGGAGGCACCACCGGCGGAUGAUUGA